AUGAGGGCCCAGGCUCGGCCACCAUCUCUUCCUGCAGUUGCCAGGUGUCCUGCCCCACAGGACAGCAGCCCUCUAGCCUCCACAUCCACCUCCCCAGGGUGUAUCCCUAAGCUGAAGGCCUUGAGGAAGAGGGCUCUGAAGAGGGGCAUGUGGGCUGUCGCUAGUAUGGAAGGAACCAAGCUCUGCAUGAAGAAGAGAAGGAGAGCCAAUUUCCGCCCUGAGGAUCAGGAAGCCUUCUACAGACUUCUUGAGGAUCCUGUCAUCCAGAAUUUCUUGGAGGCUGACAUUUUCCUAAAAGUGUCUGAUAAGUAUCUGCUCUCCAUGGUGGUUGAAUAUUUUGGCCGAGUGGGACUCCCAGGAGACUGCUAUAAUAGGAUUCAUUUCUUCCUGGCCCUCUAUAUUGCCUGUGACAUGGAGGAAGAUAACCCUGUCUCCAAGUGGAGCAUUUUCCCUUUUGUGCUUGGAAAGGAAGACUGGCCCAACCUCUAUAAGGAAUUUCUGAGGCUACAAGCAGACUUCUUCCAUGCAAUGGGUGGCAGAGCCUGGGUCACCCCAGAGAUAUGUGAAGAGAUCCAGGCCCAGAAUCCACUUCACUGGGUCUGGACCCGAGAACGACACUAUCUCCCCUAG